AUGGCUGCUGGUGGCCCGAGGCGAGCGAUUCCCAUUCAAGUCAGGGCAAGAUUUCGAGGAGGAUGGGUGGGAUGGGAUAUUCUAAAGGUCAAUAGUCGCUGCAGUCCUUCGUCUCUUUCAGGUUUAGACGCGGCUGGACACGGGCUGCUGCCGCUCGGGCUUCUCCACGGGUUCUGCCACUCGCGAUCGAUGGAGAGUGAACUGAAAUUGACACUCCAGGCUGAAAUAGGUAUGUUAUUGGGUCUGUUUAUUUCUAAUUCAUACGUACCAUCCCUUGGCCCUGUUGACGCCCGUGACAAUCCCGCUAAUGGCUGUGAGGCAAAUAGUCGUGCACAGGGCAUCAGUCUCCGCCAUGGAAAUGCAACCCUCAACGCACAAUCUCAAAUCUUGGAUGCAUCCAUUGCACGGUUUCCAUGGAAAGUUGCUGGAAUAGCGCCCCGUUAA